AAGGAAAGAAUCCUGCACUUUCUAUUGACACUCCACUGAACAAUGCCAUGAUUACACAAGGCGGAAAGGGAAGUUUGUUUUAUCAUCAUACUGACUGCAAUGAUACCCAAAUGGCAUCCCAGGCCAAAAAAAAACAUGUACGUGAGGAAACCUGCUAUCCAGAUGGAAGGGUAGAGCGUUUUUUUUGGAAUGGAUGUCAUGUGAUCACAUUCCGCAACGGAACGAAGAAAGAGAUCGGUCUUGAUAAGUCAGUCACUGUUACGUUCUUCAAUGGCGAUGUUAAACGCAUGCUGGCUGACGGGACAGUGAUAUACUACCAUUGUGAUGCUCAGACAACACACUCAACCUAUCCAUCUGGAUUGGAGGUUGUACAGUUUCCAAACAACCAGAGAGAAAAACAUCAUCCUGAUGGUACAAGGGAAAUAUCCUUCCCAGAUGGCACAGCUAAGAUUCUCCACUCUGAUGGUCGAGAAGAGAGCAUUUUUCCAGAUGGAACUGUUGUCAAGAUAUCACAAACUGGGGAAAAGGUGGUGGAGUUUGCUAAUGGGCAGAGAGAGAUUCAUACUUCACAGUACAAGCGAAGGAUGUACCCGGAUGGAACGGUUAAAACUGUCUACACGAAUGGGAGGCAAGAAACAAAGUUCUCAUCUGGGAGAGUUCGCAUUAAGAACAAUGAAGGCUUCAUUAUAAUGGACAAAAAAUGAACUUAUAAAAACCCUUUUCAUGUUAUUUAUUUGUUGUUGUUUUUUUAUUGAUAGAAUUUAGUAACUAUUGUUUAGCAUCUUUCCCUGACCACAUAUUGAAAAAAUACUUUUUUGGAGUUUCAGGUGCUGUUUUGCAUUUUAUUUAUGGUGAGUACUAUAGACACAACUUUACUGAAGCCAUAAUCAGGAAGCAUAAUCAGGAAGAAUAUUCUUUAUUAUGAUUUCAACUGGCUAAAAUCAUCUAAACCUUUUUUGAUCUAAAGAUAUCAAUAAACUUUAUGACAAUCGGAUGAACUAAGCCGGUUUAUUUUUACAUGUACUGACAGCAGGCGUCUUGUAUUUCUAAGAGUUUCUCUCAGCAUGAACACAUUUGAUACAGUAUGCAGGUGUAGACUUGUGUCCCUCUGAACUAGUGCUGACAUUGUAUUACAUUAAAACACUCUGGUUUCAGUAGAGAAACAUUCCUGAAAUAGUAAAGAAGAGCUGGUAACAUUGUUAACUUUAACCCCACUGUAGGAACAGUUCGGGGGCUGAAGGAACAGUUUAUGUCAUUUUUGGUCUUUAUUUUAUUUACAGUAAGCCAUACAUUAUUAUUGAAUAAUACAUCAAUUUAAUCAAAUAUCGUCAUGUUACUUUUCAAUAUAAUAGAAAUUGGCACUUAGAGAAGGUUUAAACCUGUGUCCAUUUACUGUUGUUUUCGAAGGGAGGAUUUUUAAGAUUAGUUUCACUUCCAUGUUAUGUAUAUUUCCUGUUAUGCCUUUAAAACACUUUUUUUUACGUUUAUUAAAAUGUUAAAAUAUGUGUCAGUUUAUCUGUCUUGGUGCUAUGUUUUGUGGUUGUAGAUGUUUUUGUCUGACCUUAGUAUAUGAACAUGAAAUGUACAUUACUAUUCAAAAGUUUGGGGUCAGGAUGUUUUUUUUUUUUAAAGAAAUUGAUACUUUUAUUAAACAAGCAUUCAUUAAAUUGAUUUAAA